CUAACCGGAACACCAGGCUUGAAAGCGACCACCCACAGAAGUAUAUGAUUUUGCUAGUUGGUGGAAGAAUAUUAUCGACUGGGAGACCAGACAGACAAUAUCUCAUCCACAUACCGUUGAAAUACUAAAAGGGAAACGGUGUGCAGAUUGUGUAAAGCCACGGGGCGUCAUCGCAGAUAAAGCUAGAUGAUGCAGUCCAUUGAUGCACGUCGUUGUUGGUUGUUGGCAAGCGGCCUCUGUCUUGCCUACAUGGUUGGCACAGUUCAAGCACAAGCAUGCAUCAAACCCGAAGGAGGCCCCAACAUGGUAUUGUCACCUGAAUUCAUUGGAAUGACAGAAUUUGAAGAUGGGUCUUCUGUCAGGUUUAAAUGUGACACUGGUUAUCAAGCCGCUGGAGGGUCUUCGUCCAUCACAUGCACUAGCGGGCAGUGGAGUACUCUGACAAUGACUUGUAAAAGAAAGAACUGUGGCAAUCCUGGAGAAAUUAUGAAUGGGCGGUUUGACAUUACUACGGGGACCGAAUUUGGUGACACAGUUGUAGCUACAUGCGACACAGGAUACAAACUAAUCGGCAGUGAUCGACGGCAAUGUAUGGAUGCGGGGUGGAAUGGCAGAGUACCUACAUGUGAAGUGUCAAAAUGUGGUCGAGCACCUACAGUUGUGAAUGGUAAACCGUCGUCGAAUGAGGAGUCGUAUGACUACGGUGCUGUUAUUCGUUACACCUGUAACCCUGGAUUCACAAUUAAAGGAAAUAAAAGCAUAGUUUGCAAAGGGGAUGAAGUAUUCGUACCAGAGCCGCCUCAAUGUAUAAAGGUUGAUUGUCCUGCACCUGACGUUGCAAAUGCCAUAGUGAUUGAUGGAAAUUCCCCUCCCUACGGAUACAAAUCCUUUCUUACUUAUAAGUGCAAAACUGGAUUUGAGAUCAAUGGAGCAAACAGUAUAACAUGUGAAAUAGAAAGUGAAUGGAACCCCCCUAUUCCAGAAUGCAAGAAAGCCCCUCCACCAACCACUACCAAAGCCAGUCCUACUCCUACUACCACUACCAAAACCAGUCCUACUACUACAAGGAAAGUUCCUGUUCCUGAUCCUGAUCCGAAGCCUAACAUUGGAGUCAUUGUCGGGUCGGUUAUUGGCACACUUGCUGUUGUUGCAGUUGCCAUUGUGUGCUUUUUUGCAUACAAAAAAAAGGGCUCUCGGGCUGGGUACUCUGGCAAAGUGGCCACCAAGUAACAACAGGAAGUUGUAGCACCCUUUGGCCAUGUACAAAGCGCAGCAGUCCUCCUAUUGAUUCACUAUAGCUUCCUGUGAGCUUCAGGGAGAGAGAUGGCUCCUUCUGCAUCUGAUCUUGAAUGUGUCCCGUUCCCUGGCAGCAACCUCCUCCACAGCUUUAAGACAACAAAUCAGAACCCACCACAUAUAUUCAACAGCCAUAUUGAAUAGUUUGGCUCAUGACCUUGGCAUUUGCACACAAUCUGUAUGAUGUUAUGGUUUACACAAAUCUACCAUCGUUCGAUACACAUAUCCAUCUCUCAUCAGUCAAAAGUUAGUUAAUAAAUACAACCGUUUCAGUAAUCCAUAAAAGUGAUGUGGAUGCAAAUGAGGUAACAUCUGAGGUCACAUUUUUGGCCUGUAUAAGUUCCUAUCCACCCACCAAUGAUUCAGUCGUCAUCAUAGGUGGACUGAAGGAAAAACUUGUGGGGGGAACGUAGCCAUCUGUAUGUAAUGUUUCUCAUAGUCAGAAUCAGUUUUAUCCGAGCUCCCAUAUAAAUAUAACAAUGUAUUUAAUGCUUCCAGGCUACGCUUGUACCGCUGGCUGCCUGACAUACAACUAGUAUUUGUGCCUGCUGUAAAGUAAGUGAAGGAAAAUAUAUCUCUUACUAUUUUAACACGACUAGUUGUGCAGAGUCAUGUCUGCAAGAUGCAUUUAAUAUCAAGAAAAUAGUUGUCAAAAUUGUUUGUAUGUCUUGCCGCAGUGUAAUUUAAAUACAUACAUGACAUAGAUUGUCCUUGCACUUUAAGGGGUAAAGCACCUAUCUAGCAGUUUAUUCUGGGCACCUUACUUAUUAUUUGAAUUCUGAACAUAAUGUUUGUGCAUUGAUACAGUAAUAAAAUAAAUUUAAACAAAUCUAAUUUAAAACAUUUGGAUUGAAUUGAGUGCUUAAGUUCUUGUCAUGCAAAAAGCAACCAAAAAAAGCUUUAACAUAAGGGCCACCCGCUAUCCACAAUGAAAUAUCCUCCUUUUCCAAUAGCCUUACAAAAUGAAAGUUUUUAACCGAAGUGUUGCAGUGGUUCCUUGUUGAUGCUGAACCUGCAUUGUGAGACCUGAUAUGUUCUAUUAAGUGUCCAAGAAGGACGCUGGAGUUGGCUGUUCUGGGUCCUUCAAUAUGUCUUAUCCAUCAAAUAGCAAACCGUGUAUAGUUGUACCAUUUCAUUUUGUACUUGAGACAUUACCACUGGGACACAAUGUAUAUUUGUGUUAUUAAAUGGAAAGGUAAUUAUUUGCUGCUCUGAUGAAUAGAUUUGUGAAAUUUAGGUGACUUUUUGUUAGCAAAACCAGUAUUGUGUGGAAUGUGGAGGGGGGGGGGGGGUGUGGUGGUGAUGAAGCUGUAGUUGGAUCACCUCAUUUCAUUAUGUGCUUCACCCUGUAUUUUACUUGACUAAUACAAAUAGUUGAAGUAAAACUUUAAGGAAAAGGCAAAACGCCAAACCACUUUAAAUUUGGGAUACAUGCCGGAUGAUUCAAUCUUUUUUGUUAUAUAAUCAGUUCUUUUGGAGUAUUGCAUUGUAGCGGCCUCAAAGGCUGGUGCUUAAUCACUUGUGAGUUUCAGCAGCUUUACACUUGUGCAUUUAUUUGGGGUUUGUCCAAGUAAACCAAUCAAUAAAAUUGAAAUAAUUUACAAGUAA